AUGUUGUUAUCCAUUGCUGGAAAUCUGUUGGUCAUCUUUUCUGUUUUUAGGACACCCUCUUUACGUUCGCCGUCAACAACUCUGCCUUGCGGUCUGGCUGCAUCAGAUGUAAUUGUUGGACUUAUAGCGCAGCCUCUCUUUAUCAUUCAAGAGCUGAUACCAAAUGACACCCAAUUUCAUAUGGUGUUCUUUUUCUCCUGCAACGGCUGUGGAGUUUCCCUAUUAACGAUGACACUCAUAAGUUUGGAUCGAUACGCGGCUCUUCACUACCACAUGAGAUAUGCUACCAUGGUGACUUCCAAAAGGGUUAUCUGCACGCUAGCUACAAUGUGGUUUGUUAUAUAUGUGGCAUUUGGUAUCUACUUUUGGAAACGAGAAGUAUAUUUUCUCGUUGCUGCCUGUUUCAUCAUCAGCUGUCUCUUUUUAUCGACAUUCUCUUACGUUAGAAUUUAUCAAAUUGUUAAGCGACACCAGAGGCAGAUUCAGGUGCAGAACCAAGUCUUUCAAGGCCCAAAUAUUGGUAGUAACUUAAACAUAAUUCGUCUUAAGAGAUCCACCAUAAACACCUUCAUAUUUUACGUGUUUUUGAUAUUGUGUUAUUCGCCAAUUUUUCCCUUAAUCAUUGUCGAUGUUUUGUUGCGGAAUCAGGUGUGGUCCGGUAGCUUAAUGUAUGCGACCACUGUGAUUUUUAUGAACUCUGCCAUCAAUCCAAUCUUGUACUGCUGUGUUUUGAAAGAUCUUCGAAGAGCUGUUUUAAGAGCUGCAAGAAAAGUUUUUUGCAAGUAG